AUGUAUAAGGACUUUAUGUAUGAGUAUGAACAUUCCAACCACAUGAAACUAGUUCAACUAGGUGAGCAACAACCUUUGAUUUAUUUACCACAUCAUCAUGUGUGUCGGUUGGAUAGUUUUUCUACAAAACUAAGAGUUGUUUUCGAUGCAUCAAGUAAGAUGGAUGAUUGGUGUUCGCUUAACGAUCAAUUAUAUCGUGGUCAUAAAUUGCAAAAGAACAUUGUUGAUGUCAUUACACAUUUCAGAUUUCUAGCCCUUGUGUUUACCGCAGAUAUACGUCAAAUGUUCCGGCAAAUACAAGUUUACGGGGAAGAUCAGCAGUUUCAAGGUAUCGUAUGGAGAGAUGAUUCAUCGAAACCCAUACAGAGUUACAGACUUUCAACAGUGACAUAUGGAUUGUUCACCUCACCAUAUUAUGCCUUACGUGUCUUUAAACAAUUAGCACCGGAUGAGUAA